UCUCUAAUGGGGAAACCAACCGGUGAGAUGUCAUCAAUUCACUUACCAGCAGAUAUAUCGGAGAACAUCCUACUCCGGCUGCCGGUGGAAUCACUUUUACGAUUCCGAUGUGUUUCAAAAUCAUUCUGCACUCUCAUUGAUAGCUCAUAUUUCAUUAAUGCCCACAUUCAAUUUUCAAUCCGGACCCAAACCCGCAACAAGCUGAUCAUCUUCCACCAAGAACGGGGUCUGGAUAUUUCUUUUUAUGCGGUGGAUUUGCAUACUGAAGGUAAUGAACGAGUUGUCCAGCUGGUUAGCCCAGUCAGUUUGCCCAGUAAAUCUGAUAAUAUUUUAGAUUCUGCCAAUGGUUUGCUUCUCUUAUCUUCAAGCGAACAGCUUAUGUUAUGGAAUCCAUUCACUAACCGCUACAGAAUACUACCAAUAAUCCAACCCACGCCCCAUGAAUUUGACCGCCGCCGGAGCUUCCAUGCGACAGAUGAUCGGUGUCGGAGGUAUCAGAAAUAUCAUAAGCUAUACGGUCCCAUAAUGUACUUCACCUAUAAAAUGGGAAAGCGUAUGUACAACAAUGGAGUAGAGUUUGAUAAGUGGAGACUAGGGGUUGACGAGUUCGGAUUAGGGUUUGAUGUUAGUAGCAACGAUUACAAAGUUGUAAGAAUUCAUCAUCUCACAUAUGAUGAGAUGGAAGUUUGGGUUUAUAGUUUAAAAUCCAAUUCAUGGACAAGAUUUGACGAUGUUACAUUCGAUGUCGAAGCUCGUAAAAGCUGCUCGAUAUUCGUGCAGUGUUUUUAUCAAAUAACAAAGUUUCCAAUCAUAUUAGCUCGAUUUGACUUUGCGAGUAACAAGUUUCAACUGCUUCCGUAUCGACGCGGUCGUGAUGAUGUGUUUGUUUUAGAAGGGCAAGUUUGUUUAGAGUUAGGUUACAGGAGUUAUAAUGAGUGCAAGGUUCAUUUACUCGGUGUUGCUGACGAAUAUGAUGAUCCAGUGCAAUUUUGGAGAGAAGUGGAUACUAUACAAUGUGAGUCAGAUAGUGAAUUUAUAAAACCUUUGAUGUUUUAUCCAGAAGCUGGUUUUAUGGCGGAUGUGACCGAACGUAACGCUGAUCGUAAUAUUGUUUGGUAUGAUUUGAAGAAGAAGACAUUACAAAAUUAUGAAAUUCCAUGUGUUCCUCGAAAUUGGAUAAAUUCAGUCACUUGUUGGGAAACUCUCGUACAACUUUAUUAGCCCAAUCUUUACUUCUAGCUUUGUCUUUUUUUUCCUAGCAACAUGGAAUUAAUUACCACUUAGGUGGAAUACUUUCUAUCUUUAC